UUCAUUACUUAACGGGGCCUUGGCAAGCCGUGACGGUACAACGCACACCAAGUCACGGCACACUCGCACCGUUAACCGUUUAACGCUGCCCUCUCAACGAUCCUUCGUUUCCGACCUAACGUCGUCUGUUUGACGUUCCCCGAACAAACCCAAACCCUAACGUCCUCCAAUGGCGUCGUGUGACGACGACUUCUCUCUCCUCGGCGUCGACCCCAACCAAUCAAACGCUAACCUCCAUCCUCAUCGCCACCACCACCAAAAUCACCACUCCGCCACCUCCCACCACCACCACCACCACCAUCCCAACCAAGCCUACACACAGCGGUUUCCGACGAAGGCGGCUCCGAUCCACGCCCCACCGCCUCCGGUACCAUCCCAGCCGCCGUCAACACAGCCAAUCCUACCUCCUGCCGCCGCUUCCGCUGGCGGGAGUCCCGUAAAGAUAUCCGGUGGAGAUGAAGAAGACGUCGACGCCGAACAAUACAGCGACGGCGCGUUCGGUUCACAGACGGAUCCGAAGUUUCCGUCCUCGUUUGAUGACGACGAAGCCGAUCCGAGUAGAUCUAGGGUUAAUGCGUCCAAUCCAUUCGACGAUGGAGCCAAUCCGAGCAGAUCUAGGGUUAAUGCAUCGAGCGAAAAGCGAAAGGACCGAGAAGAGCUCAGCGACGGCGGAACACCUUAUUUUUACAAGAAGACAAGACUCGCCUCCGCCUCGGCCUCCGGCGGAGCAACCUCCGGAAGCGGUGGCGGAGAGUACAGGAAGGAUAGGGAGGAGUGGAGCGACACGGCAAUCGCGUGCCUCCUGGAAGCGUACACCGAUAAAUUUAUGCAGCUGAAUAAGGGGAAUUUGCGAGGGAGGGAUUGGGAGGAAGUGGCGGCUACAGUGAGCGAGCGAUGCGAGAAGCAAUCGAAGAGUGUGGAGCAGUGUAAGAACAAGGUGGAUAAUUUGAAGAAGAGGUAUAAGUUGGAGAGACAUAGGUUGAAUAAUGGCGGUGUCUCGGCAAGUCAUUGGCCUUGGUUCAAGCAGAUGGAGCAGAUUGUGGGUAAUUCCUUGCCAUUGAAGGCUGCAGUGGAGGACGAUAAAUCUGCCGGUGGGUCGGCCAACUCCCUUAGACAAUCAAAGAGAUAUGGAAUUACAAAUCCCAGCCCUGAUAGUCCAAUUAAUAACAUGAAGUUGAAAUCAACAACAAAUCCUAGAUGGCGGAGAGUGGUUUUCAAAAUUAGUGGUGCUGCUCUGGCUGGCACUGGUCAUCACAAUAUUGACCCAAAGGUGGCAAUGCUGAUCGCAAGAGAAGUUUCAAUCGCUUGCCGCCUUGGUGUUGAGGUGGCAAUUGUUGUUGGAGGCCGUAAUUUCUUUUGUGGGGACACAUGGGUUACAUCAACUGGUUUAGAUAGAUGUACUGCAUAUCAAAUUGGUAUGAUGGCAACUGUGAUGAAUUCCAUACUGCUCCAGUCAGCUUUAGAGAAGAUGGGUGUUCAGACACGUGUGCAAACUGCAUUUGCUAUGCAGGAGGUUGCUGAACCAUACAGUAGGCAACGGGCAAUCCGGCAUCUUGAAAAGGGGAGGGUUGUGAUAUUUGGUGGUAUUGGUGCUGGUACUGGAAAUCCACUCUUCUCUACUGAUACAGCAGCAGCUCUUAGAGCUUCAGAGAUUCAUGCUGAUGCGGUCCUCAAGGGUACCAAUGUAGAUGGUGUCUAUCUUUGUGACUCCAGAAACAACAAUGUUAUAGCUGAGCACAUAUCCUUCAGGGAGUUGGCUUCAAGAGGUUCUUCCCUGAUGGACAUGAUGGCAGUCACAUUCUGUGAGGAGAAUGGAAUUCCUGUUGUUGUUUUUAAUCUUCAUGAGCCUGGGAACAUAUCAAGAGCACUAUGUGGAGAACAAGUUGGUACACUCAUUGAUCAGACAGGAAGAGUCAGCUAAUGUUUGUGCUUCAACUUUCUGAUUUAGACGUUCAUGGCAUUAGAACCUCCGAUGAUGUGCCAACUUAAUAUUCCAAAGUGAUGGAUGGCACUUGAACUCAGUUGCUGGAUAACUCUAUUGAGGCUAAGCUGCAAAGGUGAAUUUCAGCAAGGGAAUACAUUGAUUAAGACUCUGCUACCUGUAUUACUACAUGAGAAGGUGGGAGGGAUUUCGUUAUAUAUGGAUGCUGUUAACUGAUUGUUUACGGAGGUAACUGCUUGAUUGAUGGUCUGCUUUACCCAUCCUGCAGUGAUAUAUAUAUAUAUAUAUAUAUUUCUUAUUUUGUUUAUUUUGUGUUUUCUACAUUGUAAAUUGUUUUGGCACUAUAUAGUUGUUGAUGUACUUGUAGACUCUGUAGCAGCUUUCUCAGCAUUGAAAUAGUUUUACCAUUUCUUGGACAUUUGUAAGUUUAUUAAUGAACCACUCAGUGUUGUAUCCUUGGCUGUCGGGAUUUGUUGAUAUAAGACUUAUAACGCUGUAUAAAA